GAUGUCAGCUGUGUUUCUAUUCUAACACGUUUCUGGUGUUGUUCUUGUAGUUGCCAUGCUAGCUGUGUUCUCUGUCGUCUGUCUAUAUGGAGCCCUGGCAUCACUGGUCAACUGUACCUUCCGUCAGAGUGUGAUGCCCUUGGGGCCUCCUCUGGUUAAGGAUGUGACUCAGCAGCAGAAGUCCUCCCCUGCCCUGUCCUGUCCCGUGGCAGACUCCAGACUGACCAGCGGUCUCCUGAAGAUCUCCAGACUGCUGGACGACGGGGGGGUCUGUGGAAUCCCCACCGAUACGGUCUACGCCCUGGCCGCGUCCUGCAAGAACCCUCAGGCCAUCGAGAACAUCUACAACAUCAAGGACCGCCCAGCAGAGAAGCCCAUCUGUAUCUGUAUCUCCAGUGUGGAGCAGCUGGUGGCAGCCAAGCCCCCCUUCAGCUCUCUACUCUGGGAGUUCAUGAGGAACGUCUACCCUGGAGGAAUCAGCUGCAUCGUCAGCAAGGGAGACUGGCUCCUCAGACUGGGUGUGGGUCCAGCCUACGACCGCGUGGGGACCAAUGACAGCAUCAUGAUCCGAGUCCCUGACCACACCGUCACCGGACACCUGUGUAACAUCACCGGACCGCUUGCCAUUACCUCAGCCAAUCCCAGUGGAGAACCUGACAGCACGCACCACGACAUGGUCAUCAGUCGGCUGGGCCAUAAGAUCCAAGGGGUUCUGUGUGACGGGGUUUCCAACGAGGUCGUAGCCUCAACGGUGGUGAACUGCCUCAAGAUAGAUGAAGGUACGAUUAGUAUCGUGAGGGAAGGCUGCGUCCCGGCGGUGAAGGUCCGACAGAUCUUUGAGAGGGUGAAGACCAGUAUGUUGUGAGGAGGACCCCUCCCUCCAUCCCUCCUCUAUCCUCUCUUCCAAUCAGCUCUCCUCCCACCAUUCUCUGUUGACCAAUGAUGACGCUCAGAUCAGAUACUGGACCCACCCACCUCAGGCCACCAUCCAAUAAGUCUGUCAAACACGUUGACCAACGGUUGUUACAUAUUUAUUCUCUAUGUAUGUUGUAGAUGCAAUCAUAUAUAAAUAUGUGCAUUUUAGAUUCGAUUUUAGGAUCAUACGUAUUUUUUGUUUCGUUCUAUGGGACUUUGAUUAUGUAAAAUCAAGUGGUAACAGACAUUAUACUCUAAUGAUGUACAACUCUAAAUGAGGGAUGAUGUACAACUCUAAAUGAGGGAGUUAUGAAGGAUGAUGUAGAACUCUAAAUGAGGGAUUUAUGAAGGAUGAUGUACAACUCUAAAUGAGGGAUGAUGCAGAACUCUAAAUGAAGGAUGAUGUACAACUCUAAAUGAAGGAUGAUGUAGAACUCUAAAUGAAGGAUGAUGUACAACUCUAAAUGAAGGAUGAUGUACAACUCUAAAUGAAGGAUGAUGUACAACUCUAAAUGAAGGAUGAUGUACAACUCUAAAUGAAGGAUGAUGUAGAACUCUAAAUGAAGGAUGAUGUAGAACUCUAAAUGAAGGAUGAUGUAGAACUCUAAAUGAAGGAUGAUGUACAACUCUAAAUGAAGGAUGAUGUAGAACUCUAAAUGAAGGAUGAUGUACAACUCUAAAUGAAGGAUGAUGUACAACUCUAAAUGAAGGAUGAUGUAGAACUCUAAAUGAAGGAUGAUGUAGAAUUCUAAAUGAAGGAUGAUGUACAACUCUAAAUGAAGGAUGAUGUACAACUCUAAAUGAAGGAUGAUGUACAACUCUAAAUGAAGGAUGAUGAAGGAUGAUGUAGAACUCUAAAUGAGGGAUUUAUGAAGGAUGAUGUACAACUCUAAAUGAGGGAUUUAUGAAGGAUGAUGUACAACUCUAAAUGAGGGAUUUAUGAAGGAUGAUGUACAACUCUAAAUGAGGGAGUUAUGAAGGAUGAUGUAGAACUCUAAAUGAGGGAUUUAUGACGGAUGAUGUAUGUGAAUGUACGAUGCUGCUGGGUAUAAAUGAAUAAUACAUUACUGUGAAGUACUGUUUAACUGGGAAUGUAUAUAUUGUUUAAUAUGGAGCUUGACGCAGGCCAAAUGCAUACGUGUAAAAUUGAAAAGUAUUAUUUGCUUUGGCAAUUUACUGCAAUAGAUCCAUGUAUAAAGUGAAGUGAUCAGAAUAAAACUAUAAUUAAAUAUA